AUGUGUUACUGUCAUGAUAACAAUAGUAUCACCUGCAAUGGCAGUAGCAUGAUGAGCACCUGCAAUUGCAGUAGCAUGGUGAGCAGGAUUUACGUUGAGGGAUACGACACUUCGCUCUCUGGCUAUGCUUUCGUUGAGGCUAUGAGAGAACACUUGGCUUCAUGUGGAGAGGUGAUACAUGUUCAUAUUCCCGGACAGGACACCGUUUUUGCCUUGGUUUAUCUUCGGGGAGAAGGUGCAGAAGAGAAGGCGUUGAAACUUAGUGGGAGUGACAUGGGAGGACACAAGGUAGUCGCUACGCCUUACCCGUUUCAGGCCACUGACCUUGACCCUGUGCUCUCUCUUACAAGAGACUCAGACAAUAGGCGACAGCUCACGAUGGGAGUUACGGGAUAUGACAUUUCGCUUCCUGUGGAUCAUGUCGAGCGCAUGCUGUUUGAACAUUUCUCUCAAUGUGGAUGUGUCCUGAGUGCUCGUGCUCACGCAGACGAAAGCGAAGGUGUUCUGUCUUCAGCUACCGUUACUUUUCAGGGACAAGCUACCGUAGAGAAGGCGCUGCAACUAUGUGGAUGUGCCGUGGAAGGAUUGGGGAAUAUUCAAGUGACUCGGGUUGCGCCGCCCGAAAAAAAUAUGCUCCCAAUCAUGACGCCACCCUGGAUGUGGACGAGUCGAAGAACGGACGGCAGCUUCAUGCUUCCUCGUCCCAACAUGUACAUGAACUUGAUUCUUGAUCCUGUAUUCUUGGUAACAAAGGAAAACCUCUCGCCAAGGAAGAGUCGAAGAACGGACGGCAGCUUCACGUUUACUCCCCAUCCUCCUCCCCGCAUGCCAAAUAAUGGAGAAGAAAAGAUGACGGCGAGAGAGAAAAAGGAGGCUGCUGUGGCGAAAGUUCUCCUUCUCCUGGAAUAA